AUGAGUAUACUCAGAAGUACAUUUGGUACAGUGCUUGCAGGGGCAGUAAUCGUGGAUCGCAUUCUUACUGUGCAUGAAAGGAAUAAGCAUAAGGAGCGUUAUAGUAAGAGCAUUCCUCUCUCAUGGAUGCCACCAUCACGCAGUGCUCUUCUUAAGAAGAUUAAGCCAUCUUAUGACAUUGUCAUAAUAGGGGGCGGCAGUGUAGGUGCUGGGUGCUUCUUAGAUGCUGUAACUAGAGGAUACUCUGUUUUACUUCUUGAAAAAAAUGACUUUUCUAGUGGAACCAGCUCUAAGAGCACAAAACUGAUCCAUGGAGGAAUUCGGUACCUGGAGACUGCUCUGAAACAGCUGAGCUACAAACAUCUUUUUUUGGUGGUUGAGGGUCUGAAGGAAAGAAAGACCUUCCUCUCACUCGCACCAUAUCUGACUAGGUCAGUACCAAUUAUUCUUCCAAUAUCUAGCAAGCUCACUAUACCGUACUACUGGUUUGGUGCCAAAAUGUAUGAUUGGCUGUCAAUUGGGCACGCCAUUGCACCAAGCAGCUUUCUGCCCUUUUCUAAGAUCAAGACCCUUUUGCCCGGGGUUGCCAAUACCGGAAUAUCAGGGGGAAUGGUAUUCUAUGAUGGCCAGAUGGAUGAUGCGCGAUUUAACUCCAUGCUGAUCGCAACAGGAACACACUAUGGCGGAAGUGCCUUGAACUAUUGUAAAGUAGCACAGCUGAAUAAAAGUGAAGGAAAGAUUACAGGCGUGUCUUUUACCGACACAGAAACUGGGAAAGAGUAUACAGUAGAAGCACGGAGUGUGAUAAAUGCAACAGGCCCGAAUUCAGACAAGCUUAGACAAAAUGACCGGCCUGACACACCUACAAUGAUGGCCCCAAGCACAGGUGUGCAUGUGAUACUUCAGGGAUAUGUAAAUGGAAUGGGCAUAAUACAUCCAAAAACACACAAUGGAAGUGUAAUGUUUAUGCUGCCGUGGCAUAAAAGUGUCAUACUAGGAACUACAGACACACCAGGCUUCUUUAAAAUGGCGCGGGAGAAGGAUCUUCUAUACCUGGCAGAAGAAAUGCGGGACCUCAUACGGCCAGAGGUAUAUCCAGGUGUGAAAAAUAUAAUGAGUGCAUGGAGUGGAGUAAGGCCUUUGGCUGUGGAUAGAUCUGCUAGUGACAGCACAUCUGCUGUAAGAGCGCAUGUUGUUGAGGUAUCUCCUGCAGGUCUUGUUACAGUUACAGGAGGAAAAUGGACUAGCUACAGAGCCAUGGCGGAGGAAGCAGUAUCUACAGCAGCAAAAGUAGGGGGUCUGCCAGGGCGAGAAUGCGUGACCAAGCAUGUGAGAGUGAUAGGAAGCCACUCUUAUGACAAGUCACUUGGCCUGCAAAUUGCGAAAAAGGAGGGGAUUUCAAGCGAUAUUGCAGAACACUUGGCAGAUGCAUAUGGGGACAGGGCGUGGAAAGUAUGUGCGUAUGCAAACGGAGUCUACACUAGAAUAGAUCCAAGGCAUCCAUACAUUACAGCAGAGGUGCUUUACACGAUUGACCAUGAGAAUGUCAGAAACAUAUCAGACUAUCUUGGAAGAAGAAGCUUUUUCGCAUAUUUCGAUGUUCGGGCUGCACAUGCAGCAGUUCCUGGCCUAGCAAAGAUAUUCUCAAAACGGUUUGGAUGA